AUGGCGGCUGCAUCCCACACGUACCCAGGCGUACCUUAUCCGAUGUCUUUGAAUUCACAACUACGCUGCAUUUUAACGUCUGUGUCGCAAGACCGACAGUUCCGACCAUUACCGCAAGCAUCACAACAGUUCAGAGUGUCGAAAAUGACGUGUUCUAAUUGCUACCUUUGGCUACCAGCAAUCGUAUUACUGUUCGAGUUUACCAGUAGUGUUCCAGCGAAUUUUCCUCCAGUAUCACCAUGUCCCGCGCUAUUUACCUACCGGUACGACACCAACCAGACUCAGUACUAUGGAUUAGUGAAUCUUCAAACGCAACCGCUAAAGAACACCGCGGAGGUGCAAAUCUCAUUCUCGGUUGCCGCCCAGCUGCCAUCGGAUUACGUCGGAUCUAUUGAAGCCAUCGGCGAGAACAGACAACUGAUCGACCAAAUAGCAACCGGUCAUGGCGUCAGCUAUCGUGUGAAUCUCCCGCUACAAGAUCCUUUGCCAAAGCUGACUAAGCUUAGUCUCAAUGGAAGAGUCCUGUGCAAUGGUCCCUCAGAAAAAGCAGACUUCGUUACCGAGGUAAAUCUUCGUCACUUCCUACAAACCGGCUCCAACGUGCAAGGAUUGGACAAGAACAAGCUGAACACUCUACUCGCCAACAGAAACAGUGCUGUUGACAAACAGUUGUCCGCAGAUGUUCUGACCCGGCUGAAGGAGGUAGGAAAACGCGAUAUGAAUCACAAUGUUGAGCAGAGCGCACAGAGUAUCGGUCCUAAUGGAAAUGUUACUUCUUACAAGCUUAUCACUGAGAUUGUUACGUACAGGGAGUACGUUUCGGUGCCAUGAUCUUUACACCCACGAUUUCGAGUAUAUUUAUACAAAGUGGCUUCAAUUUAUAUUAAAACUGGUUCGUGAGAAUCGGUACGAUGUUGCACAAAUGUUAUCAAUGUU